AUGAACAACUCUUCUGAGAUAACCCAAAAUGGAAGCUAUCUCGGAAGCUAUACUUCUCGAUUCGCCUCCCGUCUGCUCAAAUCUUCUGAGAUAGAAGAUGAAGAGAUAAAGCUCAUCACAAAGCUUGGCAGUGGAACCUUUGGCACGGUAUGGAAGGGCGAAUGCUUCAGUUCAACUGUUGCAAUCAAGGUCCCAAUUCCUGAGAAGGCGAGCGCACUUACUCGGGAGGAGAUCGAGUACUUGCGAAAUGAGAUCAACAUCAUGACAACCAACCUGCAUCCAAACCUCAUCCUUUGCCUUGGUGCUUGCACCGAAGCGAGCAAGUUCAAGAUCGUUUUGGAGAUCAUGGAUGGAGACCUGGAGCGUCUGCUGAUCAAAUCUGCCGUGGGAAAGAAGAUGACCUUAUGGCAGCGGAUGGCUCUCGCGAAGGACGCCGCCCGCGGCAUGCUCUGGCUUCAUUCCAUGAACCCAGCCAUCAUCCACAGGGACCUCAAACUGGAAAAUCUGAUGUACAAGAAAAUCGACAAGUCGUAUCACGUCAAGAUAUCCGACUUCGGCCUGAGCAUCCUCAAACCGCAGCGAAUCUCCCGAUUGCGAGGCGAACGGGUGGGCACGCUCACCACCAUGGCCCCCGAGAUUUUGAAAGGCUCCAACUACAACGAGAAAGCAGACGUCUACUCCUUUUCUAUGCUCCUGUGGCAGAUCUACACCUGCGAGCGAUUAUACUCUGACCUCGAGUACACCUCCUACCCCGCUGUGCUCAUCCGAUGCUCUUCCGCUUCGACCGUUAUUAUUAGCGAUCUGUCCAACGAAGCACUGGAAACGGGAAUCUGCAAGAACGAGAUCAGGCCCAAAAUACCCAGCGAUUGCUUGCCGUCCCUCAAGAAGCUCAUGGAGGACUGCUGGCACGACAACCCAGAAAGAGUGUGCAACCCGUUCCACUGCUUUCGACCGGAUUUUGAGGACAUCAACGCCCGCUUGGACGCCAUAUUGGUGGAGCUGGCGAUCACGGACCCGCAUGGGCAAUCUUUCUGGAGCGAACGCUUCCUCAAGGAGCACUUGGUGCCGUGGGACGAGUUCUCGAAACGAUUCUACCAGUACUUGGGCAGCAGCCUGCCCGAGAAGAGUCGUCGGCGCUACAGCGAAAUAUUUGCACGCACAAACUACCUCUGUCUCAAGACCAUCCUGACCAAUGCUGGAGAGGAUGAGGACGCGUGUGUUCACAUCGAAAAGUUUGGCGAGAUAUUGAACCUGUUCGGUCCGCUCAACAAGCGCAGGGCGUCCAGCCUACGGACUAAUAUCCUUGACAACAUCCGCAAAGUAGUCUGUGAAAGGUGGUUUCACGGGACGGUGGAAAGGGCUGAGGCGCAUCGACGACUCGAGGGACGGGAAGCUGGAACCUUUUUGGUGAGAGUGACGCCCAAGGAGCACGAGGCCUUCGUCCUGACCAUCCUCAAGAAGAAGGGAGGCACUCCUCACAACCUCGCAAUCCACAAGAAAGAAGACGGACGAUUCACUGUAGGCCACGACGAAAGCAAGACAUACUUGUCCCUGAAUGCCGUCCUGCGGGAAAUCGAGAAGCUGUCGCAGCUGCAGCUCAUUCCGUGUCCCGGCUGGCCGUUUUCAUCCUGCUUCGACGACGACGAAGGCUGGGAGGAAAAGGACAACAGCGCCGAGCUCUGCUCGACCUACUCUCGCGUCGCCGAUCUGAUGUCGAGCAUGCGAGUCGAGACGAAAACGGGGGACAAGGAGGAAGAGACGAACCGAGGGGAGAACAAACGAAAUAGGGGCGAAGACGAAACGUCGGCCACGACAACGCCGACGAAAGUGAAGCGGGACGAGGUCGCGGACCUUGUACCGACACCGCGCCGCCGGGUAGCGGACGACGAGGAGAGGCGGGCGAGGGCCGAUGUACGAGAACGGGAGAGAGAACGGGAGAGAGAGCGGGAGCGGGAACGAGAGCGGGAUCGAGAAGAGGAGCGAGACCUGGACGAGCGACUAGAGCUUCUGCGCGCCAAGCUGCGAGAGCGAGAGAAGGAGCGGGAGGACAGCAACUUGAACGGCCUGGCCAGCAGCACCUCCAACGAAAAUGGGCGAUAUGGACACACCAAGGAGUCGCACAUGGCCACCUCGAUCGAGGAGCUGGCACGGAGCCCCAUCGGAAGGCCGCGCGACAGGGAGCGAGCGCGGGAACGAGAACGAGAGCGGGAGGAGGACCGCGAGUCCAAGAAGACGGAGGACGACCGUAGCCGGCUGAUCCGUCGGGGGGCCGACGACGGCAUCACCGGCAAGAGCCCGACCUCCAACCUAUCGCGCGAACGCGAGCGCGAGAGGGAGCGCGAGGAGCAGCGGCUGCAGAAGGAGCGCGAGGACAGACUUAAGGCCAGGGAGCGGGAGCGCGCCAAGGCCGACGAGGAGAAUUCUCUGACGACGACGACGACGACAACGCGGCGCGAGAGGAUCGCCAUUGGCAGCCCUUCGCUCGCCAGCGGCGCCAGCGGCGAGGAGUCUCCCGAUCUGCGGAAGGAGGAGGAGCGCGCCGUCGUCACGCGGGUGGUGGUACGGGACGAGGAGCGGGAUAAGGAGCUGCGCGAGCUCGACGAGAAGAUCGAACAGCUGCGGGCCAAGAUCCGGGAGCGUGAGCGUGAGCGCGAGCGGGAAAUCGAAGACGGCCCGCGGCGGGAGAACAAGGCCAAGGAGGAGGACGGCGACCUGGGCCUCAGCAGCAACAACAGCGGCGGCGGGCUCGGCGGGCUCGGCGGCAGCCUCAUCCUGCCCUCCUCGUCGUCGCGGGACGGCGGCCUGGGCGGCAAUGGAAGCGGCAUCGGCGGGAGCGGGAUACAGGACGACGUGAGCGCGUCGCCCGAUCUGCAGGACCGACGAAAACAGCGCGAGGAGGAGCGGCGCAAGCAGAGGGAGAAGUGGCAGAAGGAGGAGGAGGAGAGGAAGAAGCGACGAGAGCAGAUCAAGCGUCAGCUCUCGGAACGGCCCGGCAGGGAGUGA